GUUGUGCCUGACAUGACUAUAGUACGUUCUUCUUUCGGAUAUGAACAUGUACCAGCGUUUGACAAUUUCAGACAACAAGAAAAUUGGAUGGAUUUGGUAUAAGAUUUGAAACAGAAAUAUAAACAUCAUGGACAAAUAUACCAUGGAAGAUAAGGAAAACAUAGCUACACCCCUAAAGACUAGAUCUAGUAAUGAACUAUUUGACUGGAAAAUGCAAUGUUUUAUUUGCGGGGAAAAGUGUGACCCUAGACGUGAUAAUUAUAAUACUAAAGGUAGUAAGGGGUAUUCUAGAAGUUGGUCAUAUGUUGAAAAUUCCAUUUCAGACAAAGUAGGUUCUACGUAUGCAAAGGUUCUGUGUGCUGCUCAAAAACGCCAGGACCAGAAGGUAAUUGACAGAUUGCUUCGUGUCCCAAAUGGUGAUCUGGUGGCAGUCGAAGCCAGGUAUCAUCGCAAAAAGGGCUGUCUUUCCAAAUACUAUGAGACAAAUCAAACGACCCCAGAGAAACAUUUAAUUGACAAAUAUACACCCAUUUAUAGACAAGCUGCUGAAAAACUAAAGAAUGAGUAUGAGCAAGCAAUAAUAUUUGAAAAGAAAGUGUAUUACCUGUCCACAUUAAGAAAACGAUUUAUCGAAAUUGUCAGUGAGGCUGGCAGUACAGGUGCUGAAAAUUACAAAAGUUCAUACUUAAAGAAACUACUUAGUGACAUUUGGCCUGAUGUAUCUUUUGUUCCACAACAGAGGGGGAAAUCAGAUUUAAUUUGUUCAUCAUCUAAAACAUUAGGCGAUGCUAUGACGGAAGCAAAAUAUCUUGAACAAAUUAUUGAACAACACAAUGAGUGCAAAUAUGACAUAGAUACCGAUGAAGAGACUGAUGAAGCAAUAGUCCACAAAGCUGUAGGCAUAUUACGAAAGAGAAUUUUAGAAGGUAAAACAAAGAUAGACAAUCAAUAUUAUUCACCUGAUGAAUUGUCUCUCAGUGCUCAGAAGGACUUUAUCGACCCUUUGCUUUAUAAGGCAGUUUGCUGGCUUCAUGAUAGCAAGUCGUUCAAAGACGCAACUGAACACAUGGACAAGAAAUGUCUUACACUUGCUUGUGAUUUGACCAGUCUUGUUACAGGUAUUCCAUUACCGAAACAUCUUGGACUUGCAGUUCAUUUGUACACUGAAUUUGGCAGUAAACACCUUGUUGAAGAUAUGAACUGCAUGGGCUACUCAAUCUCAUAUUCAGAGCUACGCAUGUUUCUCUCAUCCGCUGCAAACAAAGCCAUCGAUUCCCAGAAGGUUACAACAUCAGGUGGACUUGUACCAGAGACUAUAACCCCCCGUAAUGAAGGUGGAAAGCUCAUAGUCGCAGUCGCCGAUAAUUGGGAUCAUAAUGAGAGAACUGUUGAUGGUAAACGAACCACGCAUGCCAUGACAAGUAUACUUGUAUCCAGUAGGUGCGCCGAAGACGCGCCUUUACCACGUCUACCUAGGACAGGAAGUCGAACAUUUGAUAGCAAAUCCUUACCUGGUGGAAGUCUUUGCAGAAUUAUACCAUACAAUAAACCAGUCUCUCGACCAGGACCAGUGUUUGAUCCUCCAGUUACAUUGAAAGAAAUAAAGCCAAUAGAAUCACAAUCUGUUGAACAAGCAAAGUUGAAAGAAUUGUUGUAUGCUUUUGGACGCUGUACAGUGUUUUGUGAAGACAUAUCAGAAACCCCAAGCAUCCCUCAUUGGAACAUCUUUCAGUCAGAAACCAGUGAUUCUCACAAUUCUGUUUCCAACAUUUCCUACAAUCCAAUUAUAAUGGCGACUCCAACUGACUAUAAUACGGUGUAUACAACACUACUUCGCACAAAGGAAGUUGUGAAUGCUUUAGGCCAAUCAUAUGUUCCAGUUGUGUUUGACAUGAGUCUUUUACCAAAGGCACUAGAAAUUAUUUGGACAAGACGUGAGGAGCUUAAAGGUGUCAUUCCAUUGGAGGGCGGUAUGCACAUGCUAAUGUCCAUAAUGGCAGGGAUAGGAUUUCUAUUUGGAGAUGCAGGUCUCAGACAACUUUUAACAGAGUCCGGUGUUUACGCACCUGCAACAGUUACAAAUAUUCUUUCAGGAAAAGACUUCGACAGAGGGCUUACAGCUUUGAAACUUGUUGAUGAAGCAUUAACUAUACGGUUUCUGAAGAAUUUCGAGGUCUGGUGUGACGACAACAACAAAGAAAUGCAUCAAGACGUAUAUGCAAUGUUGAUAAAGCUUCGAAGAGAAAGCAGUAUGAAAUACACAGAACAUGAGAUAGCGGAAUAUUAUAACACUCUAUCUACUCAUGUCAUACCUUUGAUUGAAGAAUUCCGGACAGAUAGCAGAAGUAUUUCAGCAACGUUCAAGCUUUGGGACGACUAUCUGGUAAAAAUCUCAACGCCUUUCAAACUGUUUGUUUCAUCAACACGGUCUCCAAACUGGACAAUACAACAAUAUUCCAAAUUACAACUAAUACCUCUGCUUUUUGCAGCAAACCGGAACACGUAUGCAAAAUACAUGACUGUUCAGCAGCUGCAGAUGAACAGGCUGCCUUCAGAGAUUGAGGAAGGGUUCAAUGAUGGAAUGUUUACUGCAAAGCUUUCAUAUGGAACAUUCAACAACGUGUGGAUGGAUUACACAUUAGAAGUAACCCAAAACAAAGACCUGAAAGGGAAUGGUGGCAUAAUAGGUCUCACGUUACGUGAAAAUGCUCUUGCGAGAUGGUUUCUGUCACGGCCAUUAGCAUCAAAGUAUUCAUCUACUUUUCACAAAAGCAUUGUUUCUACAAAAGAAGGCCAACAUGAUCGUAAGCAUCACAGCGACACGAAUGCAAGACGAAAGAUGUAUGACAAGUUAGUUGAUAAGCUUGUAAACAUCUUUGACACUAACUUCAUAGACCCAUUUGAUGUUACUAAAACUCCAAAGAAGCUGAUUAACUUUGCCACCGGAGUGCAUGCGACAGAUGAAAUAGAGAAGUCUUUGGCAGAAUGCUUUGAAAAAGGAGCAAAUAUGUUUGAAACAUUUGUUUCAGAGAGACUUGUAAUAAAACCCGAUGGUUCAGAUCCGCCUGAGAAAAACUUUUUUACUCCAAUGCCACGUAGCAAUAUAAAAACCAUGGCUGAAAUGAAAAAGAAACAUGUUUUUAAGACAAAAUCUGAAAUAAUAAGUGGGGAAGUGAUGUUUCAACGACUAUUGGCCAUAAACGCUUACAAGAAAAUUCCACUUGAACGAGUAUUUUCUUUCGAAAACACACUGGUUCCCUUGAGCAUGUUUACGGAGCAAGGAAGGAUGCAUAAAUCUAAAAAAUCUGACUUUAUGUCAAAACUUGAAGGGCUGCUACAAGGUAACACAACAAUGAUUGAAAACGCUGAUACUGUCAUAUUUGAUGGCAUGGCAGUAAUACAAUUACUACAAGUUCAGAGUGCCCAAAACACCUUUUUGGAUAUGGCUGAAUUUUUUCUUAAAUAUAUCCUAAUGAAAGCACGUGCGAUUCCAGGAGUCAAGUAUAUUCAUAUAGUUUUCGACAAGUACAAAAAUCUUAGCCCAAAAUCAGAGACCCGAAGAGAUAGAGGAGAUAUUGCUCCGACCAAUAUACAUAUCAACAGUGAUCUGCAAGUUCCAAAGGAUUGGAAACAAUUUUUAUGUAGUGGUACAAAUAAAGAACGCUUAGCACAGUACUAUACAUUGUUUAUUAAAGAAAAGGCUUGCUGUCAUCUGAAAGCACAUGAAAUACUGUUGAUAAAUGGUGGUAAUGAUGAGAUGUGUCUGAAGGUGAAUACAGACGAUUGCAUCGAAAUACAAGCACUGAGGUCUAAUCAAGAAGAAGCGGACACACUCAUGAUAUUGCAUGCAAAAUAUGCGGCAGACACUGGUUCUUCUUCCAUAGUAGUCCAGUCUCCAGAUACAGAUGUGUUGGUUUUAUUAAUACACCAUCACAAGUCAAUUGGUGCAAAGUACUUGUACAUGUCAACAGGUCAUGUUAAUACCCAUACAGACCAUCGACGAUAUAUUCCUGUUCACGAUUUAGAACAGAAGUUAGGCGGUGAAGAAAUAAAGAUUAUCCUGACUGUAUAUUGUUUGACUGGCUGUGACACCACUAGUAGUUUCUUUGGUAAGGGAAAGAAAACAGUGUUUAAGCAGAUGAUGCAAUAUCCCGGUAAAUAUCAACAGUUGCAUAAUGUAGGAGAAAGCAUUAAUCUCUCAAGAAUACAGAAGAUGGCCUGCACAAAGUUUGUUGUUAACCUGUACGGGGGACGCGAUACUCAGUCGUUGAAUGAAGUGAGAUGCAAAAUGGCAAUGAAGUCAAAACACCCGAGAAGCUUGCCGCCAACAGAAAACAGUUUCUAUGAGCACUGCUCACGAUGCCUACUGCAACUCUGGAUUUGGCGACAUGCCACAACAGCUAUUCAUGACCUUCCACCACUUACAAACUUUGGGUAUGACAUCACUGAAGAUGGUUCUAUUAUUAGUCCUACACGGAUGACACAACCACCAGCAGCACCAGAAUUGCUAAAUGACUUAACAUGCCAAUGCACCAAAUGCAACGAGACUUGCAGUUGUUUCGCAAAUCAGCAGCCUUGUACAAUGGCUUGCUCUUGUACGUCAAACCUUAAAACGGCCGAUAUAAUGUGCACAAAUAUUUAUACAUUAUCUGCAGUAUUCAGCAAUGAGGACUUCAGCUCAGAUGAGGACUAGAUACUAGAAUGUUAGGUCGAAACAAAUAAAAUGACUUUGAACAUGUACAAUGGAUACUAAUAUUUAUUUACCGUCUUAUUAGAAAAAUACAUGUAUGUUUAUUGAUGGUAAUGUUCUGUAAUUUGCAACAGUAUAAUUACGAUAAUACCAUAGUAAAAUAACUCAAUACUUUCAUGUUUCAUAGUCAAAUUUAGGUAAUAAUAUAUAAGUACAAGUGUCAUAAUUAUAUCCAAUAAGUUCUAUAUCCUUAAUCUAUUAAAUUCCUUCUUUGUUUCUAUAAAUAAGAAAAAGUACAAACAAAUAUAUGCACUAGCUGGUAAUGAUUUUAAUUUUGGAAUGAUAUACCAAUCAAAUCAGCACGUCUUCUGCUGUCAAUUAUUACUACAUGUAAUUUUGUAUUGAUAUGUCAAUUGUUUACUUUAGAAUAUAAUCACCGAAUGUUUCAAAAUCAGUUUUAGACAAGUGUAUAAUGGAUUGCAAUAACAUUUUUUACUAGUUUGUUUUAACAUGAUAUUGUUGUUAAUGUUCAAUUCAAAAAUGUAUACACUUUAUGAACUGAAUCUGUGAGUCACUGUUUAAAAUGCAAAUAUAUGAAUGUAUGUUGGUAAACAUGUGUAUUUUUACAUGACAAACAACGUUUUUGUAAUAUAUUUUUACAAUAUAUGGAAGGAAUAGUGAUAAUUUUCAUAUGUCUGUUAAUUAAUUUUGGAUAAUACACACACAAUAUAAACAUGUUCACGUAAUGAAAUAAAUAACCAGUUACAAUACAGUACAAAUAUGUGUUUAUUUUCUCCAUCUUGGGCGCAAUCUUGUUGAACUUUUGGAUUAUCCGACUAUUUUGUUUGAAUGAAAUUUUCAUUCGUAUUCCGAAUUUUGUAUUCUUCGAACCUCUCAAAAUAUUUUGACUGUACUGCUCAAAGCAUAAAAAAAAUAGAAAAUGGAUUAAUAAAAACGAACCUUAAUGUCUAAUUUAUACACUAAAACACCGUUAUGUAUAAUAACAUGAUACAAAUGUAGCUUUGGUUUUAAACAUAUCCAAAAUUAAGCAUAUCCGAGUACUAUGCUACUUCUUAAAAUAUUUGUGCGAGACUGUAUUUAUACAAAACCUUCAAUAUAUUUCGUUAUGUACAUAUAAUAAUUAUUAAACAACUAAACUUAAUAAUAAUAUUUACUUAGAUUUAUAUUAUGUAACCUUUUACAACAUCAUUUUAGCGAUGUAAAUAUUAAUUGAAUUUAAUAAUACCCCACCCGUUUAAAAUCAUAAUAUGUCAAAGCAGAAGCUUCCAUAAACAAUAAAAAAGGUAUCAAUGUAAACAGCGGAAGUUGUAGUUUUGCACAAAAGUGCGAAAUGGAAAUAAGCAUUGAAGUUUGUUAUCAUGGAAAUGCAAAAUAGGAAUCAAAUUUUAUUUUUAUGUUAUUUUAUUGCACAUUUUUCACAAAACUUCUUUCACAAAAUUUAUAUUACUCCCUUUACAAUGACCAAAAACAAAUAUUUUUAGAAGAAAUAUGUAUUUUCUAUCGUAUUUAUAUGUCUUGACAAAAACAACAUAGAAAUUCUUGGAAAAAACUGCCAAAUAAUGAUAAUUAGUGUUUUUUCACAAUUUUGGCGGCCAUCUUGGACGCCAUCUUGGAUUUCUUGAAUAUCCGACCAUUUGGAUAAAAACGAAAUUUUGUUUCGUAUUCUGCUAACCUUUGUGAACAUUUUGGUAUAUAAAAGUUACUGUUCCUAGACAUAGACUACUUGACUCCCAAAAUAAGCAUGAUUUACUGGUCCAUUUCCU